UCUCUGCUUCCUGUCAGCUUGGUUGUCCUGCAUGGUGCCGGCUGCGGUCCCAAACAAACUCGAUGGCAUCACAGACAUUCUACAAAGUGGGAGAUGGGGAGGAGGCCCUGCUGAAGAAGGAAACCCUCAAUGUCUUGAAUGCACUCAAUCAAAUGUCGAAGCCCUUUCCAAACCCCAAGUCAAUGAACAGGACCGUCACGACCAAAGGCCUCCCGCUUUCCUCAAGGGGCAGUUUGGUGAACUUCUUAGAGGAGGAUGCCAUCAAUCUACCGAAGCACAUGCCAGUGGAGGAUUCCGAAUGCAGCUCCGAUGACACCAGCAUCUCCCCCAUGUCAUCUACCUUGUUGAAUCCCAUCAAGCUGGCCGUGACCCAGCCCAACAGCAGCUUCUUUGCGGGCAUGCUGGAGGGCGAGCUGAACAAACUCAGCCUCUCCUCGAUAGCCAAGGGCACAGAGAAGGGGCACCUGGCCCUCUGCCCCCAGUCUAAGUCCAAGAUGGCCCCUGGGGGCCUGCUGGACCUCGACAACCCUGAGGUGGACACAGACACGUCCUCGACGCCCUCAGAGUCCUCUGUGGUCUUGGAUGUGCCGGAGGCGCCCUUCAUCUGUGAACACACGGUCAGCGACUCCACAGCUGUGAUUUCCUGGACCUACGCCCCUGGCAAGCAGCAGGUCAGUUUCUACCAGGUCCUGUUACAGGAGGUGGUCAGGAAAAACAGCGGUGAGAUGCCCAAGGCAAAGAACCGCCCCUGGAUCUUCAAUAAAAUCCUGGGCACCACCGUCAAGCUGAUGGAGCUGAAGCCGAACACAAGUUACUGCCUCACCGUCCGCGCAGCCAACACCGCGGGGGUGGGGACGUGGUGCAAACCCUACAAAUUUGCAACCGUGGCCACUGACGUGAACAGCUUCCCCGAGAACAACCCCAUCCAGAUUACCGUGCAGCGCAAGGAGCCCCAGCGGAAGACCGUGUCCCUCGGGCUGGAGGACAUGCGCAGGCUCGAAGAUCUGGAACACCUCUUUCCUUACUAAGGGGGAGGGUCCCAGGAAGCCCCUCACCCACCUUCAGCUUCGGCCCAGGGCCCUCAGCAGUCAGAACCACGAGAUGCUCCACCAGCCGAGUCAGGGAACCAAAGACCACCCUGCUGGUCCCGGGCCUGGGGCCGAGGUUAGAGGGGAGCUCCGCUCACCCAGAGCCUCUGCAGGCCAGGCCAGAUCAGCCUCCACUGCCCGUAGCUGCUAGGCCUCCUCCCCCAGAUCUGGGCUGGUCCAGGUCCCUCAUUAAAACCUGCAGGUCAC